ACUAUAUAUAUCCCCCCUCGUUCUCCCUCAUGAAGUAAAUCAUCGCUCUCAAGUAUCAUCAUAUUUAUUUUGUAUACAGCUUGAAUUAGAGCUAAGAAACUCAAAGGAAGAAACAAUGGCAUAUCGUCAUGAACGAUAUAGUUCGAGCUUUGUUGCUGAGAAUGGAACCGAGUGGGACGAUGGGGCCUACGUAAAGGUUACGAAGAUAAAAGCAAGUCACAAUGGCUGUGGUAUCACCUUGGUUCAGUUUCAAUAUCUCGACGGCACGGGGACUCUUGUAGAAGGUCCUGUUCACGGGACGGAGCCUUUUCAAUUUGAUAGAGAUUACGGGAGGGUUUCACACCCAAAUUCCGUAAGCAAUGAGGUUCUUAAUUGGUUUUGCAGAUUUUUGCUGGCUGAAGACGAAUACAUCCACACCGUGGUAGCAUAUAGCAAAUAUUGUGUGAGGAAGAUUGAGUUUGAGACGAACAAGCGAAUCAUUGCGUUCGGAGUCGAGGCAUACGACCCAGAAUACCUAAAACGAGUCGAGGCACGCGACACAUUAAUAUACGAACUACCAGCCACAUAUGGCGAUAUAGACAAACGCCCGAUCGUCGGCUUCCAUGGCAAAUCUGGGAUUCAUUACCUUCAUGAACUCGGUGUCUACCUUCGUCCUCAUCAAUAUUAAAAUUAAAAUCUAAAAAAAAAUUAAAAAAAAAUUAAAAAAAAGAUAUAAAUAAAACAGCUCUCAAGCUACUUUCUACUUUACUUUUAUGUUUUCACGUACGUUGUCGUCCUUCCUCUUUUGUGCUUUAUAUGGUUCACCUACAGACGUGUCUUACGUUGUU